AUGUUCGUCACCUCCAUCCAGUCCAGGCCCUGCCUGGCGCCCAUGCGCCGCGCCGGGCACCCUGGCACCGGCAGGAGCACGCAACCGGUCGCGGUCCGGGCUGCCAGCGCCCAGGACGCCGCCCGUGUGCUGGAGCUGGCAGCUUCCAAGCCUGAGGGUGAGGCCAAGAAGCUGGACGCCCGCGCCUUCCGCCGCUCCCUGUCCAAGUCCGGGACCUACACCAAGCGCCUGACCAACGAGGAGGGCCCCCUGCAGUCCAUGGACGCCCACGGCGUGGGCUACUCCCGCACCGGCCUGGUGGCCCAGAUGCGGGAGACGGGGAACACCUGGCAGCAGGCCGGCAUCACCGUCAUCCUGGCCGAGGCCUACGGCUUCUGCUGGGGCGUGGAGCGCGCGGUGCAGAUGGCGUACGAGGCGCGGCACCGCUAUCCCGACGCCGAGCUGCACAUCACCAACGAGAUCAUCCACAACCCUUCCGUGAAUGACCGCCUGCGGGAGAUGGGCGUGCAUUUCAUCGCCACGCGCGACGACGGGCUCAAGGACUUUUCCCGCGUCGCGGCGGGGGACGUGGUCAUCCUCCCAGCCUUUGGCGCGGCGGUAGGGGAGAUGAAGGACCUGCACGAGCGCGGGGUGCAGAUUGUGGACACCACCUGCCCCUGGGUGAGCAAGGUGUGGAACGCGGUGGACAACCAGGCGCGCAAGGGGCACACCAGCAUCAUCCACGGCAAGUGGGCGCACGAGGAGACGGUGGCCACCGCCUCCUUUGCCGGCACCUACCUCAUCGUCAAGGACCUGGCCGAGGCGGAGUGGGUGUGCGACUUCAUGGUCAACGGCGGCGACUCUGCGUUCUUCCUGGAGAAGUUCAAACACGCCUACAGCGAGGGCUUUGACCCCGUCCGCGACCUGCAGUGCAUCGGCAUGGCCAACCAGACCACCAUGCUCAAGGGCGAGACCCAGGCCAUCGGCAAACUGCUUGAGCGCACCCAGCUGCAGCGGUUUGGGCCCGGCGAGCUGUCCCGCCGCUUCAUGAUCAUGGACACCAUCUGCGACGCCACCCAGGAGCGUCAGGACGCGGUGUUCAAGAUCACCGGCGCCCAGGAGCGGCCGGAGGAGGCGCUGGACAUGCUGCUGGUAGUGGGUGGGUUCAACUCCUCCAACACUAGCCACCUUCAGGAAAUUGGUGAGAUGAAGGGCAUCCCGUCCUUCUGGGUGGACUGCGCGGACCGGGUGGACGUGAGCACAAACUCGGUGCUGCACAAGCUCGCGCACGGCGAGCUGGUGGAGACGCGGGACUGGAUCCCCCGGGACGCCAGCAUGCCGCUGCGCAUCGGGGUUACCUCCGGCGCGUCGACGCCGGACCGGGCAGUGGAGGACGUGCUGGACAGGAUCUUCCGCAUCAGGGACCCGAACUUCAAGGGCAUCCAGCCGCGGGCCACAAAGGUGGGCAAGCCGCAGCACGCCGAAAUCUGA